GUCUCACGAUUACUCGUGGCCACCGAGACCAUCACACCACAUUCGUACCUCUCAGCUAUGGUGAUGCAGUGGGGUCAAUUCGUAGAUCAUGAUCUCACUCACACGGCUACGGCUUUGUCCAGACAGAGCUACGCGUCCGGAGCUGUUUGUAAUAGAACGUGUGAGAAUCUCGAUCCUUGCUUCAAUAUACCGUUGUCUGCAAAUGAUCCGAAACUGCACACUGGAGUCAUCAAGAAGUAUCCGUGCAUUGAAUUCGAGCGCAGUGGUGCGGUUUGCGGUAGUGGAGAGACGUCGCUAAUCUUCCAACGUGUCACAUACAGAGACCAAAUGAACAUUAUCACUUCUUAUUUGGACGCCUCAAUGGUGUACGGCAGUACAGAAGUGCAGGCACUCGAACUUCGUGAUCUGUUCGGUGAUCACGGACUGUUACGAUUCGACAUCGUGUCAACAGGACAAAAACCCUACUUACCAUUCGAGAGGGACUCCGAUAUGGAUUGUCGACGGAACUUUUCGCAAGAAAAUCCGAUACGGUGCUUCCUCGCCGGCGACCUUCGUGCCAAUGAACAG